AUGUCGAAACCAGGCCAAUUUCGAGCAGAUCUUCCCGAGCUUGCCCGCAACCUUUUAAAAGACGGUCCUCAGAGGGUCCGGCCUACCGACCGGCGGAUUCGGGUUCUCCUGAACCACACUUACAUCGUGGACACAACCAAAGCCGUACACGUCUGGGAGCACAUAGCAUAUCCUCAGUACUACGUGCCGACGUCGGAACUCCGUAAUUGUAUCCGGAAGGACAAAGAGAGCAUCCACACUGCGGACGAUACCUCGGCCUCGCCCGCAGCAGCUGUUGUUGAGCUCACAAUCGCUGCUCGUGAUGGCGUCAAGGAGUUUACGACUGAUCGCGUUUUGAGAUUCUCCGAUGAUCCAAAGAUCGGUGGGGCGUUGAGUGGCAUGAUUAGAUUGGAGUUCGGGAGCAUGGGCAAGACAGAGAUGAUGCUUGAGACGUAUGACAGCACGACUGACAUAUUCUUAGACCAAUGGCUUGAAGAAGAGGUCCCCAUCUACGUGCACCCAAAAGACCCUUUCAAACGAAUCGACAUUCUACCAUCGACCCGAUCCGUUGAGGUCAAGAUCGCCGGCAAAACCGUCGCCAAGACGACCAACUCUGUUCACCUGCAUGAGACAUACUUGCCCGCCCGAUAUUACGUGCCACUCUCAUCAGUCGACCAGACGGUCCUGCGCAAAAGUGAGCUCGUUACGUCGUGUCCUUACAAGGGGGAUGCGGAGUACUACAACAUCGUGAUCAACGGCGAGGAGUUCAAGGACCUGGUUUGGUAUUAUAAAGUGCCGACGCAUGAGAGCGCCAACAUUGCGGGGCUCUUGUGCUUUUACAACGAGAAGGUGGACAUUAUCCUGGAUGGCGAACUCUUGGAUAGGCCCAAGACGUUCUUUUCUUGA